CAUUUGAAUAACAGACAGAAACAAAUCUGUGCUGCAAGUUAACCUUUAUAGUUUAGCUUUAAAUGUCGUCGCUCGGCCGCCUGAAGACUCUGCGGGAGCGUAAUAAGCAUUUAUUGGAGCAGCUGAGUCGACAAAGAGAAGCUCUAGCGCGUCAGAAGAGGGAGAGAGAGGAGACGGAAGACCUGCUGAUCUGCCUUGGUGAAGACAGCAGCUCCGCUCGGGCGGCUCUCGCCAAACAUGCCGAUCCAGGCAAACGACCAAACACCAACCCGGAUGCUGAAUCGCCACCAUCCGUCCCCACACACUCAGGCGAUAUUGCUGGACCAUCUGGGGAAGCAUCAACAAGGCCACAGGAAUCAGCUGACUGUUUAGAAAACCGCAGCAAAAGAAAGGGAGGUGCUGUGAAGCAUGUACGAUUUCAGACUGAGUGUGAAGCGAUUCCAGAGACUAAGCCGCUUCGUGAGCCGUCUUUACUUGGAUAUGACUGGAUUGCAGGUGUUUUGGAUGCAGAAGAUUCGUCCAAAGCGCACUCUGAUGAGUACCUGAAUGAGCUCCGUUCAUUUCGGUCACACAAUAAAGACGAGUGUGUUCACAGCACACAAGAAGAGUUUUCAGAAGAGCGAGAUUCUCUCCUUCCUCAGUUGAAAGACACAAAGAGUCCAGACGCUGACACAGACACGCAUCAAUGUACAUUCUCUUACAGAAUCAACAACAGACUGUUCCCAGAGCCACUGAAAUCUCCAGACUGCUGUCCUGUGUGUGGACUGCUGAAGUCCUCCCACGCUCACACUCUGGCAGACCCAGCUCUGGUUCGGACUGACCUCCCCCUCUGCACCCUCUAUCCACCAUACAAGCAUAAGCCUCAUCGCAGAGGCAGCUUCGACCCGUCUGAUAGUUUGGGGUUACCAGCACACUGCCUCUCUGGCUGGUCCAACUCAGUCCAAAGCCUUCAGCCCUGUCCAAGUAACCUGGACCUGCGGAGCAACGUCGUCAAAAAGAGUUUCCCACUGUCACCCCAGCGUCAAUCUCCUCCAAAAGUCUUAGAGGCCCCAGCUGUGCGUGGUGGAGCUCGCCACAAAUCCUCGCCAAAAACUCCACAAAGACACAAACAUCCUCACCGAAAAUGAUUGUGGUUUUAUAAGAAUAACCACCUGGCAAACCAAAG